AUGGCAGAAUUGACCCUUUCACCCGAAGCUGCCGAAAAGACGGGUUACAAUUGUGCCGCUUGUGAGCGACCGGAUCACGCAGAGAAGGAUAUGGUGUUUUGUGACCAAUGUCAAAACUGGUAUCAUUUUGGAUGUGCCGGUGUAACGAAUGCGGUAAAGGACGAUUCAUCGUGGAUAUGCGGCAAGUGCAUGAAAAAUGCCGCUGGUAGUUCCGUGACGUCAGAGUUGGAGCAAGGAUUGAAAAGGCUCGAGGAAGAAAAAAGAGUCCAACAGCUAGCUAUGGAGAAGGAAAGAGUCCUGCAUAAACGGCGCCUGGAGCUGCAGCAGGAAAUGUUUCUGAUGCGACAAAAACUGGAACAGGAGAAACGCGAAAUGGAGUUAGCCUUCGAAAAAGAGCAGUUGGAGAAGGAAAUCGCUGAGGAAGAAUCGUUCCAGAAGAAAAGUGAGCAGAUGAGAAAGGAGAUGCACGGUAAAUUGAAUAAGCUUAGACAGCAACGGAGCAAGGAUUUCGAUAGUGGUGUGAAAGAAAAAACGGAAGAAGCUGAAGUUCCGUUGGUCACAUCGCCAUCUUUGGAGGAAAUUCCGCCUGUCGACGCGGAAUCCGUAAAAGGUGAUACACAGGAAAAGAUCGAAAGUAAGAAGAACGACGCGGUUUCAAAUGACGUGCGAGAAGCAAAUGAGGACGAUAGUGAAUCCAGCGAAUCAAAUGAGGAUCACGAAUCGGUGACAGUACAAGCUGGUCAAAACAAGCAACAAAGAUGUCGUCGAGGACCUACCAAAGCUCAGCUGUCCGCCAGGCAGUUCCUGUCGAAGAAGUUGCCGGUAUUUUCCGGAAAGUUAGAGGACUGGCCGAUGUUCAUCUGCAGCUACGAAACAUCUAGCGAGGCUUGUGGGUUUUCGAAUGUCGAGAACCUGGCUCGACUACAAGAGUGCUUGAAGGGCCAAGCAUUGGAAGCAGUUCGUAGUAGGCUCCUACUUCCAGACGCAGUUCCACAGAUCAUUGAGACUCUCCGGAUGUUGUACGGUCGCCCGGAGCACCUUCUAAAUAUGCUAUUGGUGAAGGUGAGAAAGGCUCUCCCACCGAGAGCAGAUCGUUUGAUAACGUUCAUCAAUUUCGGGAUGAUUGUCCAGCAGCUUGCAGAUCACCUGGAAGCAACGAAGCUUACUUCUCAUCUUCUGAAUCCCAUGCUGAUUCAGGAGAUUACCGAAAAGUUGCCCGCAAGUACACAACUUGAGUGGGUGCGGUAUAGAAGGAGAGACCGUGUAGUCACGAUUCGAACUUUAGCCAACUUUCUGUCCGCAAUCGUGAAAGACGCCAGCGAGGUGACGUCAUACUGUGAAGCACCUGUAGUUGUAGACCACGCCAAUCGAAAGUCCAGAGGAAAGGAUAAAGAGCACGAAGGUUUCCUCCAUGCCCACUGUGGACAAGAAAACGCCAACAAAACUCAGGCGCCGAGGGUGAGAAAGCCAUGUAUGAUUUGCGACCGUACUGAUCACCGGGUAAGAAAUUGUGUAGCCUUCCGGAACCUCUCCGUACCACAUCGUUUGGAAGCGGUGCGUAAAUGGAAGUUGUGCUCUAUGUGUCUCAAUGAGCAUGGAAAUGCCCGCUGUAAGCUGAAUUUCCGCUGUAAUGUCGGGACCUGUAGAGAGCCUCACCAUCCUUUACUCCACGCGGCAGGCCCGGAAUCGGGAUCGAACUGCAACUUUCAUUCGUUUCAACGCAAGCAAUCGGUGAUUUUUCGAAUGAUUCCGGUCACAUUGCACUGGGGAAAUCAUACAGUGAACACAGUGGCUUUCCUGGACGAGGGGUCGUCCUACACAUUGGUGGAGAAGUCGGUGGCUAGCGCUCUUAGGACGAAUGGUGUAACGCAACCACUUCGUGUGACGUGGACGGCUGGAAUGUCCCGAUUGGAAAGGGACUCGCAGAAAGUAGAACUGUAUAUUUCGGCUCGAGGUUCAAGUCGCCGGUUCCACAUAAAAGCAGCUCAUACCGUGGAUAACUUGAGGCUUCCCCAGUCGACGCUAGCCCUGACGGAAGUAGUCAAGCAGUAUCCCCAUCUUCAAGAUCUAUCCGUGGUGGAUUUCCAACAUACUGUUCCGCAAAUUCUGAUCGGACUGAAAGACGUUCACUUGUGUGCACCGUUAGAAUCACGAAUCGGGAAAGCGGAAGAGCCAAUCGCUGUGCGGUCCAAGCUUGGUUGGACCAUAUUCGGACCUGCAAGCGGUGGUGUUGAGUCGAGCAUCAUGCAAGAGUCUGGCAUUUCGGUUGCGCUGCUACCGGAAAGCGAAGAGGAUAGGAGAGCGAAAGAUAUCCUGACGCAAACGACGGUAAGAGUAGGUGAUCGUUUUGAGACGGGGUUAUUAUGGAGAUAUGAUAGUCCGUGCUUCCCCGACAGCUAUCCUAUGGCUGUGAAAAGGCUCAAGAGUUUAGAGAGACGUUUAUUGAAGGACAAUGAACUGUACGAUAAAGUACGGUGCAUGGUCUCGGAGUACCUAACCAAGGGCUAUGCGCACAAAGCUUCAGAGUUGGAGCUAGCAGACACCAACCAGAUUUGGGACGCAGCUGCGGCUGUAGCUGGGGUGUCCCUGAAUUCAAAACUCUUGAAGGGUCCCGAUAUGCUGACUGCUCUCCCAGCAGUUAUUUGCAAGUUUCGAGAGAAAAAAGUGGGUUUUGGUGCAGACAUCAAAGAGAUGUAUCAUCAGUUGAAAAUUCGAAAAGAAGAUAAGCAAGCGCAGAGGUUCCUGUUCCGAGAGAAUCCAGCCAGCGCUCCGGAGGUAUUUAUUAUGGAAGUUGCUACCUUUGGGGCGACCAGUUUUCCCAGACGAGUUUACGUUCUCAGCAAGGUUACGUGA